GCCCAUGUUUAAUCUAGCCUAUCGAUAGACCUUACCGCCUGCAAAGUAAAAUGUUGAACAAUAUUUUAAAAACAUCCAGGCAGGUGCUUUAUCCCGUAGCAAGGACUUUCAGCCGCAGCGGCAACCACGGCAAUGUGGUGACCGAAGCCGCUGCGACAGUGGGCGCACCUCCGGCCACAAGAUCACCCCUUAUUCUGCCGCAAGAUUACACAGAUUGCUUGCCGGUGAGCAGGAACACGGCGCGCCAGGCAUGGAUUGAGAACACGGAUGCUGUGGCGGAGCGAAAGGUUGGCCUGAUUGAACUGCAUCCGGAUGUCUUUGCCGCCCAGCCGCGCGUGGACAUCAUACAGGAGAAUGUGGAGUGGCAGAGCAAGUAUCGUUAUGUAAGCAUGGCGCACACCAAAACUCGAGCGGAGGUGCGCGGUGGUGGUCGGAAGCCGUGGCCCCAAAAGGGAGGUGGUCGUGCCCGCCACGGUUCCCUCCGUUCGCCCAUGCUGAAGGGCGGCGGCGUAGUGCACGGACCCAGGUCGCCUACGACCCAUUUUUACAUGCUGCCCUUCUAUAAGAGGGUUUUAGGAUUGACCUCCACGCUGAGUGUUAAGCUGGCCCAGGAUGAUCUGCACAUCAUCGAUAAUGUGGACAUACCCACCGGAGAUGCAGAGUUCCUUAAGGAUUUAAUCGCCGAACGGAAUUGGGGACCUUCUGUUUUGAUUGUAGACGAAGACCAUAUGUUCCCCGCCAAUAUUUGCCAGGCUAGCGAUGAUCUGGGCUAUGUCAACCUGAUGCCAACCUUUGGCUUGAACGUCUAUUCUAUGCUGAAGCACGAUACUUUGGUGCUGACAGUGGCUGCAGUGAAACAUCUGGAGCAGCGCCUGCUCUACCAACUUAAUCGAAACGACGCCGCCAGCAAGGGCGGCAAGUUUAAGCUGGAUCAAGUCUAGAAGUUAAGAAAGUUAAAUCCUUUAGUUUAUUUGUAACCUUUAUGGAUGCGCCAGAAAAUGCAUUGUUAAAC